ACUGUCACACAAUAGCUAUGUAAAUAAAUGUUGCUCAUGAAUGCGUAGGUUCAUGUUAGGUUACACCGACGAGUUGAGGGUGGCCGCUGAGCUACGCGUAUUAUCUUUUUCUAUGACGUUUUUCUAGGACUUCUUCGUUCCACGUAGUUUUCACCUGACGCUUCCAUACGCCACUGGUACAGUUCUAGUCACCUUUCCCUUUCCGUUCCCUUGCUGCCGUCACAUUACCUGCUUUGAAAACUUUUUUAUAAUAGAACUACCAAACACAACUUUUCCGCCGAACUAUUGCAUGUACAUACGUAGCAACCAUAAAUAACUUAGCCAGCAUUCUUACUUUUCGUAGCUGCUUUAUCUUCACAUAAUUUACUUCCCCUACUUUAACUACUAAUACCUUCACAAUAGUAGCCGACAUCUCUGCUCAACCCUACAUCUCUGCUCAACCCUACUUGUACUUUCAUACCUACUUGUACUUUCGGCCACCAAAGCUAUCUACUUACCGCCAAAAUGGACCCAGAGGAAGAAGAGUUUCGCAUCAACCACGCAGGCCUUGUAGCCCGGAGCACCGCCGGCCACGCCGCCCGGGGCAUGAAAAUAAAGGACCAAGACGACAUGUGGGUGUCCAUUCAGCACCACACCUUCAGGAACUGGGUGAAUGUGCAGCUCAGGGAGACGGGUCUUAAAGUUGAUGAUCUGUCAGAGGAUCUUCGUGAUGGUGUGGCUCUCGUGACUCUCAUAGAAAUCCUUCAGAACAGACGUCUUCGUAAGGUUAAACGUGUCAUGAACCAGCAUCAGGCCCUGGAGAAUGUGACGACAGCUCUCAACGCCAUCGCUGAGGACGGCAUCAAGCUUGUUAACAUCGGCAACGUUGACAUCGUGAAUGGGAACCUGAAGCUCAUCCUGGGGCUGGUGUGGUCCCUCAUCGCCCACUACCAGAUCGGCCAGAGCAAGUUCCCUCCCAAGAAACUUAUGCAGUCCUGGCUUAAGGCGGUGCUGCCGGAGUGCAAAGUGACGAACUUCACGAGCGACUGGAACAGCGGCGUCAACCUGGGCGCCCUCAUAGACUACUGCAGACCGGGCCUGCUGCGGGACUGGCGGGACCUGGACCCCAGGGACAGCACGGAGAACUGUCGCCGCGCCAUGGAGAUUGCCAAGCGGGAGUUCAACAUCCCCAUGAUCCUGGAGCCGGAAUACCUGUCAUCCCCAUACCUGGAUGACCUCAGCGGGAUGACAUACCUCAGCUACUUCAUGAAGGAGGGAGGCCCGGGGUACAAGGCUACCCUCGACUGGGUUAGGGGUGCCAUACCGGAGUGCAACAUUAAAAACUUUACGACUGACUGGAACGACGGCCACGCGCUGGCGACGCUCGUCAAGAAGCUCGGCGGGCCCGUGCCGGGGUACAAGACCUGGAGCCGCGACCCUGCGAACUGGGAGAACAAUAUACAAACUGCACAAGACGGGGGGCGUAAGCUCGGCGUAGAGCCUGUACUAGCGCCGCCCGACAUGGCGCGUCGGGACGUAGAGUACCUCGGUCCCAUGGCCUACAUCGCCAACUAUCAGUGGAUACCUGCCAGGACCCCGGCCUCGCAGGAGCUCAGGGUAUCCUGCCGCCUCGACAACGUGCGCGUCAACAAUCCUGUACCCUUCGACAUCCAGUACCAGAGCAGCGACGUGGUACGCAGUGAGGUACGCGUGCAGGUACGCGGUCCUCAGGGGCUGGUACGUCCGGACCUCAGCUUUGACGGACGCGGUGCAAAGGGGGAGUUUAUACCUACGCACGUCGGCUUCUACGAGGUACUUGUGGGUACUGGUGAGCAGGCCACGUCUACGACCCCAACAGGUCACGUCUACGACCCCAACGCCAUACAGGUGAGCAGGUCACGUCUACGACCCCAACGCCCUACAGGUGAGCAGGCACGUCUACGACCCCAACGCGGUGCAGGUGAGCAGGCCACGUCUACGGCCCCAGGUGAGCAGGCCACGUCUACGACCCCAACAGGUCACGUCUACGACCCCAACGCCAUACAGAUCCUGAACCUGGACGACGGGCCUAAUGCCCCGACGGGCAAGCCCUUCACGCUGCUGGUAGACUCGGCAGCGUGUGGUCUGGGGGACGUACGGGCGGACGUUACUCUGGCGGGACAGUCGCAGCCGUCCAAGACCCUCGAGGUGGACCACAGCCUCUACGAGAUCACCUUCACGCCAUUCGAGGCCGCUAAGUACCGCGUGUACGUGUACUUCAACGGCCACGAAGUACGAGGCUCGCCAUUCUCGCUGUACCUCGGCAUCCAGAAGCCUCCUGAGAGGAAGUCCAAGGCCAGGAAGGUCAAGAAGGACUCCAAGGACUCUAAGGACGUAAGUGAGAUCGUCAAAGAGUACGCGACGUCUCGUCACAAGUCAGGAAGCGACCUCCUCGUCAAGACGUACGAUUCGACGCUCGAACGUCCCCGAAAGUCCCUCAACAACUCCAGCUUGGACGUCAACUCUCACUCUCGGGACCUGAAGUCAAGUUUCAACAGCUCCUCCGUCUUCAACUCAACCACCAAAACAUCUUCGUCACUGGACACGUCAAACUUUUCCUCGUCGUACGAAGACAAACAUCACACUCCACGUAUCAUCGCAUUCAACUUUCCUUCAACCCGCGCUGCUUUUGAUGUCAACAAGAACAUCAACGGGACGCUCGUGUCGCCGCCCAACAAGUUCAACAAAACGUCCGCCCUGUCGUCCAGCUUUGACGACUCGGACGUCGUGGACGCCAACUUCAAGAAGACGUCCGUUUUCAACUCGUCUUCGACGUCGACUUUCGUUGAUGAGACGCAAAACCGACGCGCGACGUCGCUGUUCCAGAGAGACACGUCGCCGGCCCCCAGGCUUGUUCGGUCGCCUCGCCUCGACUCGCGGUCGUCGCCGCCCUUGUCGCCCCUGGCACGGGCGACGUCCCCGUCCCCCGUGGGACGGUCCACGCCCGUGGGGGACGUGGGCGAGAACGGCCCCGGGCUGUCCGCCCCCGCACGGGUUGCGCUCGUCGCCAAGACGUCCGGCAGGAACUCUGAAGACGAAUACGAAGAAGGCUCCGGGACGACAAUUCUUAGAACGAAACGAAUUAUCUCCGAAAGAACAUACAAAACUCACCGCGUCGUCGAGGAGCACCGUACAUCUUCCCCUGCUUCCCCCGUCCUCUCUCCUCGGCAACGUCCCAUGUCACUGUCACCACCGCCUAUGGGCGUGUUGAGACCAAAUUCUCCUUUCCGGACUGAAUCCCCACGUUUUUUCUCGCGACCACAAUCCCCGGCAGUGCAGAAAACACUCAUCACUACUCUCAAAACCACACCUUCUCCACCUUCCCUCACCAACCCUCACACCCCGGUUACUAAAUCCGUCACCACCACAACCACAUCUGUGGCUGAAAUCCCCAGCCCUCCAGGACAAGGUGGCAACCUGAAUUUCGAGCGCUGGACCAAAAAAGGCUCGCAGUCUUCACUAAAUUCCUCCUAUUUAAGUACUCCACCUUCUUUACCAACGUCACCGCCACCUAACUUUUCGCCAUCAAUGGACAAUUUGAGCAAUAAAAAUUUAUUUCGCUCAAGUCUGGCUAGUCAAUCGUACAAAUCUCCGCUGAUGGAGCAGGGUUCACUGAGCCGUGAGUCAACCCAGUACCGCAACAGAGUGGCAUCACCUACCUUCACACAGCAGCGCGUCAUGUCACCUCUCGGCUAUCACAGGACCGAAAAUUCUUCUUCCUCCAACAUGCGUACCUCGUCUUUGAGAAAAUUUACUACACCAACCAAAUCGUCUUCAAUUCAAGACAUUUCUUAUCUCAAAGAUAACACGCAAAGCUCAGCUCACUUAAAUAACGAAGAUUUUCUCAGAAGUCGCGUGUACUCGUCCUCGGCAUCAAAUCUUCUGACAGAGAAACCUGCUCUUAGUCUAAAGACCACCACGUCCCGAACUAAACCUAGUUUCAAUACCUCCAGUAAUUUCCUGGAAUCGUCAACUGCCAAACAUGAUGCCUCACAAGAGAAUGAAAGACAAUUCAUGCGUAAUUUUAGUUCUACGCUGAAUUCUGUCAAAUCGCCAUCCAGGGAUCAGUCCUUUCGGGCCUCGGACUUGGUUUUCGACAGCUCCGAAAAUGCCAGAAACUCGAGCGUCUUCCAGAAAAAUGCCACUGACUUUUUCACUACUGGAUCCUGCAGCAAAAUCGUCAGCAGCAAACGCUACGAGAAAAGCACCACGACCACUACUACCUGCGCCUCGCUGGCUGUCGUUGCUGUCGCUGUUGCUGACGACGCCGGCAGCAGAGUCGUCUUUGUGGCUGCGAGAAAUGCCAUCAGAUUACACGGGCGCUCACCAGCAGGCAGAUCUGGAUGCGAACCGCUGCGCUCAGCUGUGUGCCAAACGCAGCUGCUCGUUCAUGACUCAUGA